UCCUCUCCCGCCUCAUCCCUUUCCUCCGAUGAAGCUCCGGUCUCCUCGGAAUCUGAUGAAGACCUUCAUCCUAGUAGCUGUGGCAGUCUUUCCUCCCUGACGGAUGACUCGUCUUCUACCUCCCAGAGUGAUCAACUUCAGCUAGCUCUCCGUUGUUCCCAACCUGCAGGUUCGAAGUCUACCCACCACCAGCACGUCCACUGCGCGUACCAUCACAAUCAUCAUCACCACCACCACUCCCAACGCCAGCACCAGCACCGUUAUCAGUACGAUCAGGAGGAACAUGCGUUGUUCCACGCUGGCACACCUGUUCCUCCGUUAGUUCAUAUUCCCACACCGUUGCGUCUUCCGCGCACGCAGGACCACUGCAACUCCCUCAGAACCUGCCUGGUGCCCUAUUCCGAGUUAAAAAAUUGUAAGUUGCCCUUCUUCGGAAUUGCAUGCGUCCCCUGUGAUGUAUUUGUAUUCAUCUCUCCCUCUCACCCCCCACCAUCAAUGUACACGUCAUGUGUGGUUAGUGGAGAGGCGCUGUGUGCCCUCUUGCUGUGA